UGCUGCUGAGCCGAUUCGCAUGUGGCCGUUGGACUGGGUGGUGCUCGUGACGCUCAUCCUGACCCCAGCGGCGCUCGGGAUCUGGCGGGCGCUGCUCCACACUGCUCGAGGACGCCGCCAUGGUGACGACGCCGACCCCACGAGGGGCGACGACGGCGGCGUGGCCCCCAAGGCUGCUGCGGCCCGCCCCGCUGCGGCCAAGUCCAUGGGCGUCGUGACGGUGGGGCUGUCGCUGCUCGCCAGCAACCUCUCCGGCAUCACGCUGUUGGGCUACCCGGCCGAAGUGUACCGCUACGGCACCCAGUUCUGGAUGGUGGCCGUCGGCGCCGUGCUGGCCACGGCCGUCCUGUGCGUCGGCUACCUGCCGGUGCUGCACGGCCUACGGCUCUCCUCCUCGUACGAAUACCUGGAGCUGCGCUUCGACGCCAGGGUGAGGAAGCUCACGUCCAUCAUGUACACAGUCCGCCUGUUGCUGCUGCUGCCGCUCGUGCUGUAUGUGCCCGCGCUGGCUUUCACCCAAGUGACCGGGAUGGGCAUCCGCAUCAUCGCGCCGGCCAUCAGCGUCGUGUGCAUCGUCUACACGACCGUGGGGGGCCUCCGCACUGUAUCUCUGACCGGCUCGAUGCAGCUCCUCAUCAUGCUCACGGCGUCGGUGGCGAUCCUCGCCGCGGGUCUGUACGACGUGGGCGGCGUCGGGGCCGCGUGGCGCAGCAUGGAGGCGUCGGGGCGCAUCGAGUUCUUCAACCUGGACCCCAACCCGCUGACGCGCACCACCUUCUGGUCGGCCACGGUCGGCGGCUCCUUCUUCUGGCUGCAGAUGCUCGCCGUGCAGCCCAACUCGGUGCAGCGCUACCUCGCCGUGCCCACGCUGUCCGCGGCCAGGAGGACUGCCUACCUCCAGUGCGCCGGGCUGCUGCUCACCACGACGCUGGCCUGCUCGCUGGGCGGCGUGCUGUACGCCAAGUACGAGGGCUGCGACCCGCUCACCACAAAGGAGGUGCAGCGCGCCGACCAGCUGGUGGCCCUCAUGGUGGAGCAGACGAGCGGGCGGGUGCCGGGGCUGGCGGGUCUCUUCCUGGCGGGGCUGCUGAGUGCGGCCAUGGGCAACCUCUCCGCGGCGCUCAACACCCUGUCCAGCACGCUCUACGCCGACCUCGUGGCCGGCUGGCUGCCCGACAAGUGGCGGUCCAGGUCCGGCGUCGUCGUCAAGGUGCUCGGCGUGCUGAUUGGCGUGUGGGCCACCCUGCUCGUGUUCGUCGUGGAGCGGCUCGGCGGGCUGGUGCAGGUCGCCAUGAGCCUCGGCAGCGUCACCAGCGGCACCAUGCUGGGGCUGUUCACACUGGGCAUGCUUGUGCCCAGGGCCAACACUUUGGGUGCUUUGGCAGGGGCGGCAGUCAGCGUCCUGGGCACCGCCCUGGUGGUGUUCGGCCAGCAGUCGGCCAUCGCGGCCGGCUCGUUGCACUGGCCCACGAAGCCAUCGAACGCAGAUGACUGCGCUGAGUCGGGCUCUGGCCUGGCUGCGCUCCCGGGCGUGCUGACCGAGGCAGCACCGUCCGAGGUGCUGGCCGUGCUGCGCCUGUCGUACCUGUGGCUCGUCCUCCUGGGAGCGGCGCUCACGAUGGUGUCCGGGACCAUCGUCUCCCUGCUCACCUCGAGCGCCGGGGCCGCGGCCGUGGACCCCGCGCUCCUGUUCGGCCGCGGGCGACGUCAGGUUCACCAGCACGAGUUGGGCGUGAUAGUCGCGGAGAAGCCCACUCCGCAGGUCGACAGGGAUGGCUGAACUAUUUCAUUUGGUUUCAUGUGUGUUUUUCUAUUUUGUCGAGUUUCGCUAAGGUGGUGAUAAUUAUUCGGAAUGGUCUGUGAUUUUUCAAUUGGUAUACGAAACAUAAAAAAAAAUAAAACUAUUUUGUCAAA